UUUCUUUUCCAACGAGUUCCUACUUCCUACUAUUUGCAUUGACCCAAACCCCCACAAAAAACUCACAAACAAACAAACCUUUCUCUCUCCUCCCACAACUCACAUACCACAGUUCUUUGGAAAAUUUUGCAAAAAUAAUUUUUGGGACCCAAAAAAAGAAAGAAAAAAAUUAGAGCUUUGAUGGCUUCGAAAGAUAAGAAACCUGUGAGAUCUACUAGCGCUGGAAGUCGUCCGGCUGGUGGGAUUCGAACCCUCGCCGACUUGAAUCGCCGCUCAAGUCCUGACUCUGAUAGUGACUCUGAUAACGCACCUCAAGAGUAUUACACUGGUGGAGAGAAAAGUGGAAUGCUGGUCCAAGGCCCAUCCAAAACUAAUGAUGUGGAUGAGAUCUUUAACCAAGCGAGGCAAGUAGGUGCUGUUGAAGGGCCUCUUGAGAACCUGCACCCUUCUGGCUCAAGAAGCUUCACUGGUACUGGAAGAACGCUUGCUUCUGGAGAGGCAGUAGCUGCAGCCUCCCAGCCACCGGAGGCGGUUGUUCACAACAUCGUUUUCUGGCAGAAUGGAUUCACCGUAAAUGAUGGUCCACUUCGGAGUAUGGAUGACCCUGAAAAUGCAUCUUUUUUAGAGAGCAUCAGAAAAUCUGAGUGCCCGAAAGAGCUUGAACCUGCUGAUCACAGGUCUUCAGUGUCUGUCAAUCUCACCAGAAGGGAUGGAAACUGUCCUGAACCGGAGAAGCACACGGUUCCAUUUCAAGGUGUUGGUAGAACCCUUGGCGGCAGCACUUCCUCUGAGCAAACUGCUGCUGCUGUCUCUGCUCCUUUCACGUCUGCCCCAGCCCCUUCUGCUGGCUUGAUUGUGGAUCAGAACCAACCAUCAACUCCCAUUCAGCUCAGGUUAGCAGAUGGGACCCGAAUGGUGGCUCAUUUUAACUACCAUCACACAAUUAAUGAUAUCCGUGCCUUCAUCGACGCUUCACGGCCUGGAGGAAGUAGAACUUACCAGCUUCAGGCUGUCGGGUUUCCUCCCAAGCCGCUCAAUGAUCUGAGCCAGACAAUCGAGCAGGCUGGCCUUGCUAAUUCAGUUGUUAUGCAGAAACUAUAGGCUAAAGAUAGCUAAAAUGUUUCCAAAUGAAGAUAUAUUAUGCCAUAUGUGAACAUACCUGGCGUUUUUUUUUUGGCACUUCACUUUUGGGUGAAUUGCUGAAUCAUCCAUAUAGAAGAAGUGAGUGAAGAGUCUUUUGUGUGAGAACUAAUGAGUAUAUGGUUAUAGUGACAAUCUAGAGCUGGUAAUUGUCAAUGCAUUUUUUUUAAUCUUUCCUGA